UAUCAGCUGACAGAUUUAUAUGCGCCCAGCGGUAUUCUUGUCACAAGAUCAUUUUUGGAGUUACGCAAAACCGCACAAUUAGAGGGGGAAAGUGAUACUAAAUAAAUAGUAACUUCUCGAAAACGUUAUCAAUUUUUACAAGUUUUGAGAGACAAGAAAGGAGAAUUAAUCAACGAAAAUGUCGAAAGUGGAUGAACUGAAGAUGGACAUCGAGGACUUGAAUACUCUGCUCAAACAGGCUAGUCGACAAAAAUCAAAGGAUCUCAUUGGUAUCGAAAUCAGAAAACUGAACACCGAACUCUCCAGAAUAUCCGAAAACAGCGGCACAAGUGACACGAAAGCAACUCCAACGCCUCUGAAAACCGGACCAAAGGUCUACGAAGUAAAGUUGAACAACUACGCCUGGGAUCAGACCGACAAGUUCGUAAAACUCUACGUAACUCUGAAGAACGUUCAGACUCUUCCAAGCGAGUCGGUAAUCUGCAAAUUCACUGAUCGGUCCAUGGAUCUUCGUGUCUGUGGGCUUGAAAACCGAAACUACCAUUUGCCCAUAAUCAAUCUCUGCGAGGAAAUAGACCCGGAAGCAAGUAGCUUCAGAAUCAAAAACGACAUCGUCGCCAUCUUCCUGGCAAAGAAGUCUCCAACUAACUGGUCCUGCGUGACUGGAGUCGAGAAAAGAAUUAAAGAAGCCAAAGCGCCCUCGCUUAAUCCAGACCCGGAAGAAACGAGCGACCCUCAUUCGAGCUUGAUGGGCAUGAUGAAGAAAAUGUACCAGGAAGGGGAUGACGAUAUGAAGAAGACAAUCGCAAAAGCCUGGUGCGAUAGCCAGGAUAAAAAGUCAGCCACUGGCCUAGACUUUCCGCAAUUCUAAGUCCAAACUAUUGAUUUGUAUUAGAUACCUUUUUAUAAAAUACUGGUACUUCACUAUUUUAAGUUUACAGUUUAUCUAGAAUCUAAGUUUUGCAUUUCUAAUUCUCUUUUGUACUGCAUUCUUUUAAAGAUAGACAAAAUAAAAAAAGCAUACUUAAUAAA